CUACCUACCUACCUCCUCUCUCUCUCUCUCUCUCUCUCUCUCUCUCUCUCUCUCUCUCUCUCUCUCCCUCUCUCUCCCUCUCAUCCAUGAAGGCAAUGGCAAUGGCAAUGGCUCUACUGCUUGUGCUUCAGCUGUGCUUCAUUGCCAUGGAGGUUGUUGAGUCCUCAUCUCAUCACCAUGAUCACAAGAUAGUUAGACUUCCAGGACAACCCAAUGUGGGCUUUCAACACUUUUCUGGUUAUAUUUCUGUGGGCGAUCAUCAGAAAAACCACAAAGCUCUAUUUUACUACUUUGUUGAAGCAGAGAUAAACCCAGCUUCAAAGCCUUUGGUCCUCUGGUUAAAUGGAGGUCCUGGUUGUUCUUCUCUUGGGGUAGGGGCCUUCUCUGAAAAUGGACCUUUUAGACCAGAUGGUCAAGUCCUAGUUAGAAAUGAGUACAGCUGGAAUAGAGAGGCUAAUAUGUUGUAUUUAGAGACACCAAUUGGUGUGGGAUUCUCUAAUUCCAGACAUAGCUCCAACUAUGUGGCAGUAGAUGAUAAAGCAACAGCCAGGGACAAUCUUGUAUUCUUACAACGCUGGUUCAACAAGUUCCCUCAAUAUAAGCACAGAGAUUUGUUUCUAACUGGAGAAAGUUAUGCAGGUCACUACAUCCCUCAACUUGCAAAGCUUAUGGUUGAAGCUAACCGCAAAGAGAAGUUGUUCAAUCUAAAAGGACUAGCUUUGGGUAACCCUGUGCUAGAAUACGCCACUGACUUUAAUUCAAGGGCUGAGUAUUUCUGGUCUCAUGGACUAAUAUCAGACUCAACAUACAGAAUGUUCACUUCUGUUUGCAACUAUUCUCGCUACGUGAGCGAGUACUAUAGAGACUCGGUUUCACCUGUUUGUUCAAGAGUUAUGAGCCUAGUGAGCAGAGAAACCAGUAAAUUUGUGGACAAGUAUGAUGUCACUCUUGAUGUCUGCAUUUCAUCUGUGCUCUCUCAGUCAAAGGCUAUAAGCCCCAAUCAAAUGACAGAGCGGAUUGAUGUGUGUGUAGAAGACAAGAUCGUGAACUACUUGAACCGAAAAGAUGUGCAGAAUGCUCUCCAUGCUAAGCUUGUCGGAGUUCGAAGAUGGGAUGUUUGCAGCAACAUUUUGGACUACCAAAUGCUCGACCUGGAAAUCCCUACAAUCUCACUAGUUGGAUCGAUUGUCAAAGCUGGAAUUCCAGUUUUAGUCUAUAGUGGAGAUCAGGAUUCUGUAAUUCCAUUGACCGGAAGCCGAACCUUGGUCGACAGAUUGGCAAGGGAGUUGGGACUGAACACCACUGUCCCUUAUAGAGUUUGGUUUCAGGGAAAGCAGGUUGGUGGGUGGACUCAAGUCUAUGGGAACAUACUUUCAUUUGCUACCAUCAGAGGUGCCUCUCAUGAAGCACCAUUCUCACAGCCUGAGAGAUCACUCGUGCUAUUCAAGUCAUUUCUUCAAGGCAGGCCUCUACCUCAAGUAUUCUGA